AUCCGUUACAGUGCCAUGAAAAUAAUGCUGAGCAAGCUGCAUCGGCCGUGGAUAGUGGAUGAUGCGAAGGAUGACGGCUACACGGCGCUACACCUCGCCGCCUUGAACAACCACGCCGAGGUGGCAGAGCUGUUGGUGCGAGCAGGCGCACGCCCUGACCUGCAAAAUGCUAACCUGCAGACGGCCCUGCACCUAGCCGUCGAGAGGCAGCACACUCAGAUCGUGCGCUUACUCGUGGCACAUGGAGCUGAUCUCAACAUAUGCGAUAAGGAUGGAGAUACACCCUUGCACGAAGCUCUCAGACACCACACGCUGCAGCAGCUGAGGCGAUUGCAAGACGCUCGCGACACGACUGUCCUCACCGGCCUGGCCCACGCUCACGACAAGAAAUCAUCCGUGUCCAUCGCUUGCUUCCUAGUCAGUAAUGGCGCUGAUCUCACAGUUAAGAAUAAGAAAGGACAAACACCACUGGACCUGUGCCCCGAUCCGAACCUCUACAAGACGUUGACAAUGUGCCGCAAAGAGGGCCCUGGGGCCAACGACGCCUCCCCAGAGAGCGAGCAAGCUUCGUCCCCACCUCCCCCCGCCUCCAGUACAUCUGCAUCCACAUCGGCCAUCGUUCCGCCGCCGGCAGCAGAAACACCGUCUACGUCUGCGUCUGCUGCUGUGGCGCCUGUGCAAAGUGAUCCGACCGCAGACGAAUGCCUCGUCUGCUCGGACGGCAAGCGGGACACUCUGUUCCGACCCUGCGGACAUAUAUGCUGCUGCAACGUUUGCGCCGCGAGGGUGAAGAAAUGCCUGCUAUGCCGCGGGUGCGUGACGUCACGCGUGCGCGUAACGGAGUGCGUGGUGUGCUCGGCUGCGCCCGCUACCGUCGUGUUCCGGCCGUGCGGCGACGUAUGCGCGUGUGUCGCGUGCGCGCCGCUCAUGCGCAAAUGUGUGCAGUGCCGCACGCCAAUACAGCCCCCCUUAGCGACGCCCCCGCCCCUGCCGACCCUGCCCGCCACUACCAGCGGCAGGCACGAAGUGGAUAAAGACGGCACCAACACCAAUAAUAGUAACCUGACUGCGGUACAAGUGAACAAGGCGCAAGCGUCGUCAUCGCAAGCCGCCGCCAUCAUAGCGAACAACUGUUGCCGGCCCGUCCCUACCCCUACUCCUGCCUCUACGUCCGUUUCCGCUUCCGCGCAUGCGCCCGCCCCCUCGCCCGCUCCAGGGCCCGUUGCCGUUACUUCGGUCUCCGCGCCAGUUCAACCGGUUCAACAAAUCGCCCCAGCUACGACCCCCGCCGCUACCCCUCAACCGGCUGCGGUAGUGCAGAAACUACAACAACAGCUUCAGGACAUAAAGGAACAGACAAUGUGCCCGAUCUGCUUAGACCGGUUGAAGAACAUGAUAUUCCUGUGCGGGCACGGCAUGUGCCAGAUGUGCGGCGACCGCAUCACCACGUGCCCGAUAUGCCGCAAACAAAUCGAGAAACGGAUUCUUCUCUACUAGGAAAUAUACACUUAAAUAUGUUAUGUGAGUGCGUUUUUACUUAAAGCCUCCUGGGACAUAUAUAUCACACGGCGUUGAACUUUUACUUUAAACAAUCCUGGGACACACUCGUAUAGAAUUGCUAUGUGAUUUUUUACUUUAAACAAUGCUGGGACACACUUUUAUAUAACCCCUGUGUUUAUCCUAAUUAUGUCUAUCCUAUGUAGUAAUUUUUAUGAAGUCAAGCCAAAAAAGAGACUUUAAAUUGCUUUAGAGUAUUAAACCAUCGAUAACCAAUGUAAUAUUAUCUAAGGCGCCUUCCUCACCAGGGGGUCUACUCUCUUUCCCCGAAACGAACUUUCGAUAACGACGUUUAAACGACAAACUAUAAAAUUGAAGCUUUCUUUGAGUAGGCUUAGAAAAACUACACCUCAAUAUAUAUUUAGACGACGAAUAUUAUUCUAAUUAAAUACGAACCAGAAACAUAUACCCCCUUAUUACCAAACAAGAAAUACGUUUAGACUAGUUACGCCGUGUUUUGUUCAUGUCACUCAAAUGCCAUUUGUCAUUUAAUAGACAGAGGCAAAACAUGGAGUAACUAAUCCAUGCGUUGUCUUCGUUUAUUAAUAAGGGAGAUUAAGAAUAGUGGGAAGAUUCGAUCGAAAUUUCGUUUUUCGUUGAAAUAGAGUAGGCCUCCAGAUCCUUUCGUUUUCGUUUCUGUACCGUAUUUGAACCACUUCUUGACCGGCUCGGUGCGUUGUCGUUUCGUUUUAUUUGCUGUGGUGUUUGUCCUUUGUUAAAAUGUCGCCACGUGGGGCGGGCGAGUCGAAUGGUUCGGUAGCACUCGGCACAAAGAGGUGUUGUGCGCGCGGUAUAUAAUUCGUACAGAAACGACAACGAAACGAUAUAUAUAAUAUAAUAAUAAUAAUAAUUUAUUGGAACCACUUUACAUUUUAGUACAUGAUAAUGUGAACCCUGUCCUCUGGAAAAGGUUACCCUGAGGACCAGAAGACAGUGCUCUCCCCACUAUUUUCACUUUAGAGCUACAAUAAUUAUAAACCACUAAAUAAAAAUAAUUAAAAAAAAGUUUUAAACUUUCAUGGUCACAACAUUAUAAUAUAUAAAUCUUGCUCUUAUGACUCCCGUACACGGCACAACUUUUUUCCAUCGUUCGUUUGCAGUGCAAGCUGUACAUCUAUGGAAUUCUCUUCCGGUUUCGAUAAGACGAGCAGAAACUAUUUAAACAUUUAAAAACAGUCUGAAUUCCCAUUUUCUAACAUUGUAAUACUUUUAUUUUAAUAUCUGAUGUGCUUACAACUGCCUCCUAACUGAACUAGAUCAAUGUAUGUAUUUGAAUUUAUACUUAUUGUAUGCAUAUAUAUAUAUAUCUUAUAUGUGUAUGGUGUAUGUAUGUUUAUACUAAUAUAUUAUAUAUUUUACUAGCGAUUUACACCGCCGUCUCUCCCACUUCCUUCUAAUCCUCUCCAUCCAAAGAUUGCCUGGAAGAGAUCGCUUUAGCGAUAUAUGAAUUAUGAAUACUAAAAUUUCAUUGGUAUACCAUUGCAUCACGUGUACUAGAUGGUUUUGUACAAUGUUCAAUGUUUUUUGUGGUGUACAAUAAAGAGUUUUUGUAUUGUAUUGUAAGUUAUUUACGGGAUUGUUACCAUGUACCUUGUUUUUAGCGAGUUUCCGAUAUUUUGGCGCUGUUGCAAGCGCCAUGAUCACGGAGUAAAUGCUUAAAACAAAAAUCAUGGUAACAAUUCCGUAAAUCACUUAAAUUACUAUAGUGACAACGAAAGGGGUUUGCACCAACCCUGGUAGGGAAGGGCCUAUAAAAUUAUACAAUGGCAUACUGCAUACUGACCUCUUAGCUGUGCUAGUUUAACUACGAUAAUUUUUGUAGGUGCAUAAUGAAAUUUUAUGUCAAUUUUAGCAAGCAUCCUUCUGGAAUGGAGCGAACGCAUCACUGAGCGCUAACAGUUGUUUAAGAAGAAAUGUCAAAUUAAAUUAAUGCUUCAUAAAGACACGUAUCUCAAUCCAUUGUUAUCUCAGUACACAAACUUAAAUGUUAAAUGUCUUCUCUGUGUGCGGCUGUGAAUGUGAGUUUGUAACAGAUACUCGAUUAUGUUUUUAUUAACAAAAAAAUGAAUGACUUGUAUUGAGCAACAUGAUCCGUUGAAGUACAAACACAUAGUGGACUCCGAUAAUUACUGUACCAAAAAAAAUAUCCGGCAAAUUUUAACCAACUGUACCCAUAGCACGAACUAAUAUCGAAUUCGUAACGUUUGCGAGUCCGAAAUGUUAUUGUCAAAUGUGUACUGAUUUUUAGUUCUCGUUACGUACUUUGUGGCGCUGCUAUUCAAGUUUCCAUACAAAAUUUGACAUUGACAUUUUGCACUCGCAAACUAUUCGAAUUCGAUAAUGGUUUGUGGUAGGGGUACAGAACGGCAUCGUGAAUCGGAUCGAAGACUGUUUUACAAUUUUAAAUAUCAAUGGAAACAUCGAUUUUAUUACAUAUAAUAUCUAUUUUAAUCGUGUAGCUUGAAUGGAUCACUUGGUCAAUGAAAAUGUCAAAGUGAUUUCUCAAUUUAUAUGUAUAAUAUAAUAUUUCAGACAUUAUUUACUUUUCUUUUAUUUUAGUUAUAGGUAAAUUUGUUUUUCGGUCGCAAUCAGAGACGUUAAUUAAAUUUAAUGCUUGGAUCCUGGAGAUAGCAAAUACUAGUUGCGAUAGUACCAACUGUAAUGAAACUUAAAGAAUAAUUCAAGUUUGAGUGCGGCGUUGAGACUUCUCAAUACAAUACAUAUUAUAUAAAUGUGUGUUAUAAUGCAUUUUAAAUGAAGUACUUUCUCAAACACUUCCGAUCAGAUCAAUAUAAAAGACGAGUCUCAACUUUAGCUUAUUUCUGGAGCACAAGCCAUCGCUACGUACAAUCGGCCAUAACAUAACCCACGCGCGAGCGAAGUACGGAUUUGGUAGGUGGCAAGUAACGACUGCAAAUGCAGCCGAGAAAAACGGCUUUAAAUGCCUUCGUAAGCACAUGAGAGUUGCACCGGAUAAAGGUCAAAGGUUAUUGAAAAUUCACAACGCAGUUCGCACGCACAUAUAACGAUAGAGCAGCUAUUUUAUACCUAUAUAAAUGUUUACAGUGUACGGGAAUCCAAAACGAACAUUACAUCUUUUCUAGGGAUUUCUCAGUGAUGUUGAGAUUUCGAAAUAGAAAUACCAAAAUAUCCCCAUUUUCCGCAUUUUAUUGUAGUGUUUGGAUGAUUUUCCAAAACCUGGCCCUCCUACAAGUACAUAAAGUAAUCUGCCAAAUUGUUUAGCUAAAUUAAUUAAUAUAUGUAUUACCUCAUUUACCAAAUUCCCAUUUCUCUCUCAAAGGUUGAUAGUGUAAUUUAUACAAACAUUAAUCCCUUAUUUUGACCCAGACCCCUCUUUCCCAGUGGGCACUUUGGGCAAGUGCCCAGGGCCCCGCGAUCGAUAGGGGCCCCUCAGAUCAAAUACAAAGUCCCUAGUUCCUGUUAAAUCACCAAACAGGGGUCUCAUAGGGGCCCCAUUAUCCUAAUAUGCCCAGGGCCCCCAAUAGGUCAAAGACAGCACUGUUUUGACCCCUUAAGGGGUGAAUUUUGGAAAAUACUUUCUUAGCAGUCUACGUCCUAAUAUCUGUGUGCCAAAUUGCAGCGCAAUCUUUUUUGUGAAAAUCAGUAGCGGUUGCCUUUUUAAACAGAUAUAAAGUUUUAUAUUUAUAAAGCUGAUGUUUGUAAAUUGUAUGUUGCAAGUUUUGCUUAGUCUUUUUGGCAAUCUUUAACGUUAUUCACGCCGACCACUGAUUGAUUUGUUGAAAAAGUAUUCACUUCAAAGUAGUGUAUUCGGUUAUCUUGUUAUGAAAAUAUGUUAUACCUAUUAGAUAUUGUUACUUAACAGACGUACGGCCGCUCUGGGACGACAAUUUAUUUUAAUGCUUGUCCAAGUGUCGUGUUGUAUAAUUUAAAUGAAUCUUUAAAAUUAAUUGAAGUCCCUGGGUGCCGCCGUAAGGGCAGAUAUUUUUAUCCUUAGAAGAAAGUGUAUCGGUCUAAUAUCAUAUUAUAUAGACAUUAUAGAGUUGUAUUUAUUUGUCUAAACAGCUUUCUUUGUACUGGAACCAGAAUUUGUCCUUAACCAGGGCAUGAGACUACACUGUUAGUGCAGUCACUAUAGGGUUUCACCUCGGAAUUUGAGAUAACAAGCUCUAUCUCAAAAAGGGUUGAACGUAAAGGAAAAAGUUGAGACUAAAAUUGUGACAAAUUUUUUUAUCUUUAAUUUUUAUAUUAGGUGUUGAAGAGAUUGGAACCAUAGAAACCGAGAUAAUUACAAAAAACAUUUGACCUCGAAUAACUUACAACGCAGACACGAGAUAAUAUGAAACUUUUGGACAACUUUUAGAACGUCAAGAUAAGCUGUACACGUUUCCAGCUUAUUAUCUCAAAUUCCGAGAUUGUCCCCUUUUUCCCCUAAAGUCAAAGUUUCUAUGGAGCGCACCUACCGGACGUAAGAACAAACUGACUUUUUCCAUAGAAACUUUGAAAUGGCGAUAGGAAUACUUUAUCGCUGGUUGUUCGUACUUGAGGUACAGUAACCUUAGCACGAACCAAUAUCGAAUUCGCAAGUUUGCGAGUACGAAAUGUCAUUGUCAAAUGUGUACUGAUUUUUAGUUCUCGUUACGUUCGUAAUGGCGCUGCUGUUCAAGUUUCCGUACAAAAUUUGACACAUUUCGCACUCGCAAUCUAUUCGAAUGAAUAUAUAUGAUAUAUUUAUAAUUUUUAUUAUUUUUAAAGCAUGUAACUGCUUGAUGUUUAAAUAUGAUAUAUAUUUGAAAAGUUGCGUUAACCAACUUUUACGGUCGCAGAUCGAUCCCGCUAAUCGCAUCUUAUUUUUCAUCGGGUUAUAUAUAAUUGAUUAAGCAGAUUAGUUUUAUCCCAGAAUAGAAAAAUAAGCUCAAGUACUUUUAACUAAGCGGGCUUUUCGUUAUGCAUUUAGGUACUUUGAAAGUGCAAUACCUACAUUGCACUUUUUGGUUAUCCCAUAUAAUGUUAGAUAAUAUUACCUAAGUAUGUAUUUAGUAAAUAAUAAAAACAAUGUUUAAAACAACGUAUUAAUUUAUUACAUGUUUACAAUAAAAUUUUUACCUGUACCAAUAAUUUGUUUUCUUAUAAUCAAUUCCGAUAGCAUAGUUAUAGUAAAAUAAUCGCAAAAGUUAUAUCCAGCAAAUGUUAAACUGUGAUGAUAAAUUUAACACGGUAAAUUUUGUCUACAAGUAGCAUAAAUAAAUAACAAUAAUUAUAGACAGCUCAUUUUACGCUUGUUAGUCAUUCGAAAAUAAAAUUUCAAAACCAAUAGAGAACACAAAUUAUUAUUAUAUAAGUGAACAACUGCUGUUCAAAUACGAUUUUAUAUUUACGAACUCCCUAGACCAUAGUAAUAAAUAGGAAUCAUCAAAAUUAUAAACCAAAACAAUUUCCUUUCCGUAAGUUAUUUGAGUACUUCUUCAAUGUAGACACCUAUUAAGUUCUUAUUACCAAUAGACGAUAUAUGCUUGCUAACUUACUGACAUAAUUUCUAUCUUCUAUCAAAUAUUGCAACAUCAUCAACAAGAACCGUCAACUGCUUACCACAGUAUGAUCACUAACCCGAGUAAUUCGAAACGAGCGUCUCGUUUUCUGUAUCUUUGCUUUGUUCCCGGUAUUGGGACAAUGUCUCCAUGACUGGAGCGGUCCUAUUGCGCAGUAGCUCAAACGUGAGAUCUUGCACCCGGAACGCCAAUUGGAAAUCCUUCGCGAGUUCGCUUUCCUCGCACCUUUUGCAGUCCUUGAAGUACAAAGCUGAAAGCCCUUUUAAUUCCGGCGAAGUUGCACAAUACAAUGGAGUGCUGGCGGCUUGAGCCUGUAAAAUAGUCUUUAAUUGUUGCAUGUUUCCUAGUAAUAUUACGGGGCUGUCUAAG